UUCUCUCAAUUAAACCAACGACACUCACCAAAGCUCAGAAUCCUCUCUCUCACUCUAAUUUUCUCAAAGAAUCAACCUUUCUCCUCUCCUUCUCACCUUUCCAUGACGGUCAAGACCACCACUUUCAACCCUACUCCUGCUCUCAGCUCUCAACCCAUACGCCCUCUGCGGCUCACUUCCUUCCUUUGACAUUUUUUAGCUUCUCAAGCUCGCGUUUCUCCACCAAAUACAGCCCAAAACAGUCCCCUCUUGAAAAAAUAGAAGGGACAUUAGACCAGCUCUCUACCUCUCGGUUUUCGUGUUCCAUUUCACUUUUGUUAUAACCCCAUUAUCUCUCCCAUUCCAAGAAAGAACAAAACAGAAAAACAAAGAGAGUAGCUUGUUUCUAAGCAUUUUGAGAUCUGUUUUUGUUCAUUCUUGCUUUUUGUUUUUUCAGUUGUUUAGUUGAAACUCCUUGGAUUUUUGUUUUGGUUCUUGAAUAUUUGGAAAGAGUUGAAGUUUCAAGUAAAAUGGGAAGCAAAUGGAGGAAACCGAAGUUAUCAUUGCGUUUAAAUCUUUGUGCGUAUGUACCAAGAACGCUAGAGGAUUUAUCACCACCCUCAAGUGAGAGACUAUCUGAUGCUGCUUUGCUUUCACCUGCGAAUUGGGACUCAAGGCCAAUGACACCUACUCCUUCUUCACAUGGUUUAUGGUUGUCCAAGAUUGGGAGCAAAUCACCAAAGCAAACCUGCUCCAUAUGCUUGGCCAAGAUGAAACAAGGAGGCGGACAUGCUAUUUUCACUGCAGAGUGCUCACAUUCCUUCCAUUUCCAUUGCAUUACGUCAAAUGUAAAACAUGGUAACCAAAUUUGUCCGGUUUGCAGAGCAAAAUGGAAAGAAAUCCCCUUGCAGGCUCCCAAUUUGGAACCUUUGCCCAACAGAGGUUCCAUCAAUGCAGUAGGUUGGCCUCAACAUGAUGCUUUGAUGACUGUGGUCCGACGAUUACCUCCUCGUCGAGAUUUGAAUCGAAGGCAUAUUGUUCCAUUGCUUCAGGCUCCUGAACCAAGCGUAUUUGAUGAUGAUGAAUCUGUGGAUCUCCAACCUGUAUUUACUGAUAAAAGUUCUGGUAAUAGAAAUGCUGCAGAUCACAAUUCUGCUAGAAUAGAGAUCAAGGCAUACCCAGAAGUUUCAGCUGCAUCACGAUCCAAGUCAUAUGAUAACUUCACUGUCUUGGUCAAUCUCAAAGCUGGUGCUACUACUAUAGGCCAAGAUCUCAGAAGAAACCAGGCUAGCUCACCUCAACUUUCUCAAACUUCACGUGCUCCAGUUGACCUAGUCACGGUGCUUGACAUCAGCGGUAGCAUGGCAGGUACAAAGCUAGCAUUGCUAAAACGAGCCAUGGGGUUUGUAAUACAAAACCUUGGCCCCAAUGAUAGGCUCUCAGUUAUUGCCUUCUCUUCCACUGCCAGUCGCCUCUUUCCUCUUCGUCGAAUGUCUGAUACAGGCCGGAAGCUGGCACUUCAAGCUGUCAAUUCCUUGGUUGCAAAUGGUGGAACUAACAUUGCUGAAGGCCUGAGAAAGGGAGCAAAAGUAAUGGAAGACCGAAGAGAAAAGAAUCCUGUGGCAAGUAUAAUACUGCUAUCAGAUGGGCAGGAUACGUACACUGUCAGUGGUUCCGGUUGUAGCCAAUCUCAUCCAAAUUACCAGUUGCUUCUCCCUUCAUCUAUUCAUGGUGGUGACACUGCAGGGUUCAAGAUUCCGGUUCAUUCUUUUGGCUUUGGUGCAGACCAUGAUGCUUCAUCAAUGCAUUCAAUUUCAGAAAUUUCUGGAGGCACCUUCUCUUUCAUUGAGACUGAAGCCAUUAUCCAGGACGCAUUCGCACAAUGCAUUGGGGGACUUUUAAGUGUUGUUGUGCAGGAGCUGCAGGUGGGAGUGGAAUGCGUUCACCCAAGUAUCCACCUUGGUUCGCUGAAAGUGGGAAGUUACCCAAGUCGUGUGAUGGCUGAUGGACGCACAGGAUUUAUUGAUGUUGGAGAUCUGUAUGCUGAUGAAGAGAGGGAUUUUCUGGUUUCAAUCAAUGUCCCAGCUGAGCCAUCCAGGAAUCAAACAUCACUCAUAAAGGUGAGAUGUGUUUACAAGGAUCCUUUAACUAAAGAACUGGCAACAUUAAAAACUGAAGAAGUUAGGCUUGAGAGGCCCGAAAUAUCUGGAGAAGGAACACUGUCAAUCGAAGUAGAUAGACAACAGAAUAGACUUCAAGCAGCCGCUGCAAUGUCACGGGCAAGAACUGCAGCUGAGCAGGGAGAUCUGGCUGGUGCAGUUUCUAUCCUUGAAAAUUGUCAAAGGGUUUUGUCAGAAACUAUGUCAGCUAAAUCCCACGAUCGAUUAUGCAUCGCAUUAGAUGCAGAGCUCAAGGAGAUGCAAGAGAGGAUGGCAAGUAGGCAUGUAUAUGAAGCAUCUGGAAGAGCUUAUAUUCUUUCAGGUCUGAGCUCACACUCAUGGCAAAGAGCAACAGCUAGAGGAGACUCAACUGAUGGUUCAAGUCUCAUUCAGGCAUAUCAAACCCCAUCAAUGACAGAGAUGCUGACUCGAUCUCACGCUUCAUUACUCGGUAGUCCAUCAGCUCAGAGGCUUGUCCAACCAUUAUGGCCAUUCGAGUCGCAGCCAAAUCCAAGGUGACUUGCUCAGAGGCCUCUCUAGCUUUUAUUUUUGGGGUAAACAGGAGAGAUAUACAGAGGGUAUUUUUGAUAGUAAUUUUGCUCCUCUUACUAAUGUAAAUGAAUAAAAUCUGGGAAAAGGGUGAAGCAGUAUAUUUGGAAGUCAAGAAAAGGAAUACUAGGCAUUUUGUGUUGCAGGGGUUGAUGUAGAUAAGGAGAAACAGUACUUUUUCUGUGAGAGAAAUGGGUAUAAGUUUGUAAUUGUGAUGAUUGAGAUGAAGCUUUUGCCUAAUAUAGUUUACCUGCUCUCAAUUCUUUUGGAGAA